AUGAGAGCGCGGAAGUCCCCGCCCCUGGGCUGCUAGGGCGGCGGCGACCUCGGCGGCUCGCAAGGAUUUGAAACCGUUUCUCUGUGGCGGCGGCGGCGGCGGCGGCGGCGGCGGGGCGGCCGACCGGAAAGCUUGCAUACUGAGUUAUGGAAAUAGGAAGUGAAGAAGAAAAAUGGGAGAAGCUGGAUGCAGAAUUUGAUCACUUUGUGGUAGAUAUGAAGCCCUUCGUUCUAAAAUUACCCCAUAGGUCAGAACGGCAGAGGUGUGCACUUUGGAUCAGAAAACUGUGUGAGCCUUCAGGAACAGGUGUAGGAGUAAUGGGCAGGAAGAAUCGGAACCUGUAUGCAAAACUGUUACUGCACAUGCUGAAGCGCGGAGUGCUUGAAGGCCCCUUUACACACCGACCUGAACCAGGGACACUGAAAACCUUACCUUCGUACAUGUCCAUCUAUUUUGAUGAACCAAAUCCAGCACGAGCAAAAGGUUCAAGCCCGGAAGGAUUACCAGACUGGGUAAUGGGUGAACUGGGGACCAGUGAACACAGAUUAAAUGAAUCAUGGAAGCUUUCUUCCGGAGAAGAUUACUCUUUGGUGCAGUCACCAACUGAUGUACACAGUAGGGAACAAUACACUGCGAAGCUCCAAAUGAGAUCACAUUCUAUGAGUCCAACCUCCAGAGAAGAUGGACAAAAUAUCACCCCAAAGAGUUGUGAAGCUCAUUCCAAAAAAUCUGCCGUUUCUUUGGAUGACAGUGACAUCGAAGCUCGCCUUAAUAGUUGGAAUCUUGGGAUAGAAAAUCCUCGAUACCUGAGACAGAAGCCAAUCCCAAUUUCUCUGAUGACUCCCAAAUUCAACUUGAGAAAAUCCAGCAGUUUCCAUGAUGAACAUCUACUUUCUCGAAUGCAUGAGAAGGAGUUGGACAUAAAAACAAAAAUGCUGGAAGCUAAAUGUCAUGAGGAGAAGCUUAAACUGCAGCAGAAACAUGAUGCCGACGUUCAGAAGAUUUUAGAAAGAAAGAAUAAUGAAAUAGAAGAAUUGAAAACUUUAUACAAAAAGAAACAAAAUGAGAUGGAGGAGACUAUUAGAAAACUUGAAAAAAAAGUUCAGGCCCUUAUACGUGACUGUCAAGUUAUCAGAGAGACCAAAGAAAACCAGAUUACAGAGCUAAAAAAGAUAUGUGAACAGAGUACAGAAUCUCUGAAUAAUGAUUGGGAAAAAAAGCUCCACAAUGCUGUCGCAGAAAUGGAAAAGGAAAAGUUUGAUCUUCAAAAGCGGCACACAGAAAAUAUUCAAGAGUUGCUUGAGGACACAAACGUGCGUCUGAAUAAAAUGGAGGGUGAAUACAUGGCCCAGACACAGUCCACGAACCAGGUGGUCAAGGAACUGGAGUCACGUGUCCAGCAGCUGACUGGAGAAGCAGAGAACAGUAACUUACAGAGACAGAAAUUAAUUCAAGAAAAAUUGGAGCUUGAAAGAUGUUACCAGAUAACAUGUAAUGAAUUACAAGAAGUAAAGGCAAGGCGCAACACACUGCAUAAAGAGAAAGAUCAUCUUGUAAACGAUUAUGAACAAAACAUGAAAGUAUUACAAGCCAAAUAUGAUGCUGAUAUAAGCCUUCUGAAAAAGGAGCAUGCUCAUUCAGCUUCUAAGGCAUCUGGUAUGAUUAAAGAACUAGAAGAGAACAUCUGUCAAUUAAAACAGCAGCUCCAGGAGUCAGAACUUCAAAGAAAGCAACAACUAAGGGAUCAAGAAAAUAAGUUUCAAAUGGAGAAAAGUCAUUUAAAACGCACCUAUGAAAAAAAGAUUAAUGACCUGCAGAGUGAACUUGAUAAAGAGAAAGAAGAUGCUCAAAAGAAAAUCCAUAAAUUUGAGGAAGCACUGAAGGAAAAAGAGGAACAGCUGACACGUGUGACUGAAGUUCAGAGGCUGCAGGCCCAGCAGGCAGACGCUGCUCUGGAAGAGUUUAAGCGGCAGGUGGAACUGAACUCAGAGAAAGUCUAUGCCGAAAUGAAAGAGCAGAUGGAAAAAGUAGAAGCAGAUCUAACUAGAUCCAAGUCUCUUCGUGAGAAACAAUCAAAGGAGUUUUUAUGGCAGCUGGAGGAUGUCAAACAACAAUAUGAACAGCAGAUAGUAGAGCUGAAGCUGGAGCAUGAACAGGAGAAGACGCACCUAUCACAGCAGCACAGCGCAGAAAGGGAUAGCCUAGUCCGAGACCACGAACGGGAAAUUGAAAACCUGGACAGACAGCUUCGCGCUGCCAAUAUGGAGCACGAAAAUCAAAUCCAAGAGUUCAAGAAACGAGAUUCACAGGUUAUUGCUGACAUGGAGGCCCAAGUUCACAAGCUGAGAGAAGAGCUGAUUCACGUGAACUCGCAGCGGAAACAGCAGCUGAUAGAGCUUGGUCUUCUUCGCGAAGAGGAGAAGCAAAGGGCUGCAAGGGACCAUGAGACCGCUGUCUACAAACUGAAGGCUGAGUCAGAAAAGAUGAAGAUGGAGCUGAAAAAGACUCACGCCGCUGAGACAGAGGUGACAUUGGAAAAGAUCAUAGCAGAACUUCAGACAACCAUUUCCUCUCUGAAAGAGGAGAAGAGCCGGCAGCAGCUUGCUGCAGAAAGGCGGCUCCAGGAUGUUAUACAGAAGUUUGAAGAUGAGAAGCAGCAGCUGAUUAGAGAUAAUGACCGAGCAAUCAAGGCUUUACAAGACGAACUAGAAAACCGCGCUAACCAGGUGCGAUGCACAGAGAAGAAACUACAGCACAAGGAACUAGAGUCACAGGAACAGAUAACUUAUAUACGACAAGAAUAUGAAACCAAAUUCAAAGGGUUGAUGCCAGCAUCUCUAAGACAGGAGCUGGAAGACACCAUUUCCUCCCUAAAGUCACAGGUUAACUUUCUGCAGAAGAGAGCAUCCAUCCUUCAAGAAGAACUGACUACAUACCAAGGCAGAAGGUAACUGCGCAAAGACUUACCUGAGUAGCACAGGGCGAGGGCAGUGGAUGUCUGGGCUGCACUGUGGAUUUCUUCCAGCAGGUUUGAAGAUUUGGAUAUUGUAAACUGUGAGAUCAAUGGCAUUUUUUAAUACUUAAAUGUAAUCAAGAUCAUAAACACAUGCAUCACUCAUAAGCUAUGGGGUGGUUUUAUUUGUGUCUGCCUAAGUUAUUUUUUUUAACAUUCCUUUAUUUCGGAUUUCCAUAUUCGCGUGCAUUUGAGCCUGUGCUGAGAAUUGCUUAUAUUGGGGAAAGAAAUGAUUUCUCAUAAUAUGCUUUGUUGACGCUUUUGUAUAGAAUUUUACCAGUUGCGUAUGAUCAAGAUCACGUUUGUAGUAUCGUAUCACAAUUUUUAACGUGCUUACGUUGUUUUCAUUCAUGUUCGUGUUCACACAUUAUUAAAACAUUGUGUUUUGUACUUA